CAAGCUAUUCCAUAAUAUUAAAAUGUGAUAUCGCGUAUAUGAGUACAAAAAAUAAAUAUAUCGUUAUCUUUUACUUACACGAAUUGCCUGUAAAAUGAAAUAAAUUACCAGAAGAAGAACUAGAAAAGAACCUUGAAGUAUGUUGUAGGUACCCCUCUGAGGGUACCCCCAACUAAAAUGUCAAACAAAUGCCAAAAACAGCUGACUGAAAGGUUGUUUAUAAUGUUAAAAGCUACCUAUCUUAUGAAUUUUAAUAAAUAAAAAUGAAUGGAUAUCAAGAAGAGCCCACCCCCGAAGUUUUACAGAGAAAGUUGUAUUUUUUACUUGAACAAUUGCAAGAAAUGGCUAGAGAACUUCCACCAAAGUAUCAAAUGCGUGUACCUAUAGAACUGCUCUCGGGGCUAGCAAAUUGUCUGCUACAUGAUACAGUGUUUGAAAUAGUUAAAGGUCUAAUGGAAAUUCAGCAUGUCACAGAGAAACAUUUAUUUCAACAGAGACUUCAAGUAAUCAAUAAACACACUUUUUUAUUUGCAGUGGAAAUUCAAAACAUGAUCAACACUACAGAGCCAGAGAAGCAAGAAUUACAGAAAGCUAUCUUGUUGCAGCGGCACAGGGAGGAACUCAAACAGACUGAUAUGAAACUAGUUAUCCAGUUGGAUCAAAAGGUCAGUGAUCAACAAGUCACCCUAGAGAAAGCUGGUGUGCCAGGUUUCUUUGUAACUAACAAACCAAUAGAAGUUAAAGUACAGAUGUACCUCCUUGAUUUCAUUCUGAGACUAAGUAGAAUGGAUAUUCCAUGACAUUUAAUAUUUCACAAUCAUCAUUAUCAUUUAUGAUUAUAAUUUAAUUAUUUAAAAUGUUAUAACAUGCCUUCCAUUCACACAUUGUGAAGCAAUCACUUCAAUAUGUAAGCCCUAAGUUGUAAACAAAAAUAUUUCAGACAUUUUGAAUUAGUCUAGCAAUUAAGAUUUACUAUGUAUAGAUAUAGAAACCGAGAAGACAGACCCAGAAUAAACUAAGUGCCUUUAUAUUAUUGUUAGUUCUUACUCUAUUUAGUAUGCUGUGACUUAGCACAUUAUAACAAAUAAUGAAUUAAUAUUAUUGUAAUUAUUAAUUUUUAAUAAUAAUAGCAAAAUAGUUUUAUAAAUGCUCAAGUAUUUUUUCAAUAAAGAAUAAUUAUUGGUACAUA